AUGAACGCUGCACCGUUUGGUUAUUUUAUCUUUUUUGCCUCCGUAAUACGCUUACUCAUCUGGGAGAAGCUUGUUCAGGAGGGCUCCCUUGCGAUCCUUCGAACCAGUCAGGCAAUCUAUCAUGAUAUAGCCGACCGUCUUUACAAUACAUUUGACAUUCAUCUUUCCUCAACCUUCGAAGAUCCGUGGAUCGAGAUUCGCUGUAAACUACUACGUGUGAAGUGGGUGAUCGGAAGACGAGAUCAUAACAAAUUCAGUAAUCUGCCAAGGGUACCGUACGAUAAAGUUAAACUUGUUGUUCACAUAUAUGCGCCUGACCCUGACGACUGCGGCCAAUUCAUCUUGCUCUGGGAGAAAAUAUCGAAACUAACUCAAAUGCUUGAACCGAUGUACGAGGGAUCAUAUCAAUCUGGAUCUACUCCAGAGGCUGUUAUAUCUAUGGUGAUUCGCCUGCGCAAGCAUAAUGGCGUUGACUGGAUCAGGAACGGCCAAGUUAGCUCGACCUUUUGCAAUAACGGACUUGGAUACGACUUCAACGAAGUUUUAUUGCCGUUUUGUCGUCUAUCCCGCGUUAGAAGGUUUGGGAUCAUUUCAGACACAGAAGAAAUGGCUGUAGCAGCCGACUGGGCGUUUGCCAACUAUGCAACCCGUUUAUCUCAAGAUCCCGGAUACGGUGAUAUAGCCCGUACCUUCGAUGGUAUAGCAGGCCUGCUGAACCACAGAGACGACUUUUUCACUCCUUGGGUGGAUUAUCGGUUCCUUCAGGUUCCCGGGCGUACUCUAACACUCAUGCGCCGUGAGCAGCAGAUUUACCUUGUCGACACAAUGAUGCAUAGGGCAUGA